UGCUCUCCUCCCGCCGGGCAGUCGCCGCCGCCGCUGCCGCCCCGAGCUCCGCGCUGCUCCCCGGCCGUCCACUGUUGUCGCUCGGGCUGCUGCAGCUGAUCCUGGGCUGCUGCAUGGUGGCACUCAGCUUCGGGGCACUAUCCUUGAGCAGCUCCCCGCAGGUGAAGAACUCCUGCCCGUUCUGGGCUGGCUCCUCGGUGAUACUCUCUGGAAUCAUAGGAUUAACAACUUGGAAACGGCCUAUGAUACUCCUGGUAAACCUCUUCGUGCUGCUCUCUGUGGUGUGUGUCCUCUUAAACUUAGCUGGGUUUAUCCUGGGCUGCCAAGGGGCCCAGUUCGUGUCCAGCGUGCCCAGGUGUGAUUUGGUGGACUUAGGUGAAGGCAAGAUUUGCUUCUGUUGUGAAGAAUUUCAACCAGCCAAAUGCAUGGACAAAGAAAAUGUCUUGAAACUCUUCCCGGUUCAGCCUUGUAGUGCGGUCCACCUUCUACUUAAGAAAGUCCUUUUCGCCCUGUGUGCCUUGAAUGCCCUGACCACCACCGUCUGCCUAGUGGCCGCUGCCCUUCGCUACGUCCAGAUCUUUGCAGCCAGGAGAUCCUGCAGCGAUGAAUCCCAGAUUUCUGCCGAGGAGGUGGAAGAACAUGGACGCAUCCCAGACCCCGACGACUUUGUGCCACCAGUGCCUCCCCCUUCCUAUUUCGCCACAUUUUACUCGUGUACACCCCGGAUGAACCGCAGGAUGGUUGGUCCCGACGUUAUCCCGCUGCCGCAUAUAUAUGGAGCUAGAAUCAAAGGUGUGGAGGUGUUCUGUCCCCUGGACCCUCCGCCGCCGUAUGAAGCUGUGGUGAACCAGACCGGCCAGGAGCAGGCAUCUUCAUUCCAAAUGUCAGAGGGAUCAGAAGCCGCCACAAGCCCGAUGCAACCGAUCGGCAUGCCAGUGACUCAAGAUGGGAACAUUCCUAACACACCUGGAGAAGAAAGCACAUCCACUUCAGCUGCUAGCUCAAACCAGCUACAUCCUGGGAGAAGCCGGAGAGCCCUCCAGCCCGAGCUGACAAGAUGGAAGAGUGACCCCGUGCUCCAUCACUCUGCGGAGAGAGCCUUUCCUGUGCUCAGCUGUGAAGCUGCAACCCAGACUGAGGGAAGACCGGAUCUGGCUGGGGUGACCCUGAGGAGGGGUUUGAGACCCAGAGCAGCAAGAUGCAGACCACAAUCUUUAAUAGAUUACAAGUCGUACAUCGACACCAAGCUGCUGGUGGCAAGGUUCCUGGAGCAGUCCUCCUGCACUAUGACACCCGACAUCCACGAACUAGUAGAAAACAUCAAAUCAGUUCUGAAGUCUGACGAGGAGCACAUGGAGGAGGCCAUCACCAGUGCCAGCUUCCUAGAGCAGAUAAUGGCCCCGCUGCAGCCCAGCACUCGCAGGGCCCACCUGCUGCCCUCUCGGAGACAGCCUGGCUUGCUGCACCUGUGGAGCUGCGGAGACCUGAGCACCUUCGUCCCAGCAGGGAGGCCCAGAGCCGAGAGGAGGCCCCGAGCAGCUGCUGAGCGUCCCCACAGCCUCAUUGGUGUCAUUCGAGAGACUAUCCUAUGAGCAAUAAAUCUGUAACGUGAACCUCAGGAGCAGGAAGGAAGGGUCCCUGUACUCACCAGGUAGUUUCCAGGGUGGGGGUUGGGGUCCCUCUCUGGGAACUCCUUUAAAAGGGAGGCACUUCAGAGGACACCUGUCCCCGCUCUUUGGCUCCCCUUUCUGCUGACCUAGGGUUCUUCCAGGCUCAUUUGGGCUUUGGACGCAUCAAAUUGGAGGCUGUGAAGGCAGCAUCUCUCUCUCUCUCUUCUGCUGGUUCCCCGUCCUGGUGUAGAUGGAAUCUUUGCCCUUCACCCCUCAUGGCUCUCUUCCUGGCUGAGCUCUCUGUCUCUGGAGGGCAGGUCUGCUGGGCUGCUAUUGCUGGCUCCCUGAGGCUGGCUGUGCACUGCUCAGUGAGAGAGGAGUUGGCACAAAGCACAGUGAUUAACCCCGAUGCUCUCUAAUCGUCAAUCCCCAGCAUAGGUCACCCUGAAAUCACACUCUCUUUAGGAAAAAGGGAACUUUUUCUGUGACAAAUCAUAACGAAAGACAUCUUGUCUAUUCCAUUUAUUCAUUCUUGCAAAACUAGAGGUGGCUAAGGCAGGGCUGAGAAUAAAAUGUUUACUCUCGA